GCUUAAUAACAACCAGAUCUCCCUGAAUUCUGUGUUUGUCUUAGCUCAGUCCUUAUCCAGACUGAAACGCGUGAAAACAAUGGACCUCAGUUUAGGACACAUGCAGGUGGUUCAUCUGACCUUUUGGGAAAGAACCAGGAUCAGGAGUACCAGCAGAUGGAGAAGUAGUUUCCUGGCACAUCCCAAGCAUGAAGCAAAAGGACAAUGCUUUCGUCUCAGGAACUGCAGGCUGGAUCCAGAGGAUGUGACCAAGCUGUGCCAGAUACUCACUCAAUGUCCCUGUCUGACAGAAAUUGAUCUGUCUGGAAAUUCAUUGCAUGACCAGAGCAUUGAGAGAUUACUGAGCUUCCUGCCACACCUCUGCCAUCUGACACUACUGAGUAUUAGGAAUAACAGAUUUUCCCCACGUUGCAUUGUCUUCCUCACCAACUCCAUCAACCUCUGUGAGCGGAUCAGAAUGGUAGAAGUCCGGUCAAGUGAAAAUGCUUUUUUGAAUUUAAGAGCAAGCAUGAGAAGCCAAAAGACAUCCUGCAGGCUGACGGACUGUGCUAUCGGUGAAGGGCAGAUAGAUGAGCUCUGCAGAGUCCUGGAGCAACACAGGUGGCUGGCAGAAUUGGAUCUCUCCAGGAACCAGUUGGGAGAUGAAGGCCUGAGAUGCCUCUUGGACCACUUGCAUCAAGUGCUCAUUAGCUGUUCUCUCAAUCUCAGCCAUAAUGGGGUUUCUCAGGCUGGAGUUCUGCAUCUCAUAAAUGCCUUCGCUACAUCUGGGAAUACCACUGAAGUUCAAGUCAGUUUGUGUUCCAAAGCAACUUUAAUCAUCAAGUUGAUGAGCAGAGAUGAUUCAAGAAAGAUUUUGAGACUGGCAGAGUGCAACUUUCAGCCAGAGCACUUGGAAAAGUUGUGCUUGCUCUUGGAAAAGUGCACUGGUCUGACAGAGUACAUGUCCUCAAAUAACAACAUGACAGUCCAGGCUGUGGAGAGACUUUUACAUUCACUAAGGAAAAAUCGGGGUCCUCUGAAAAUCAGCAUAGAAGAGCCAUGGGUGCGUAAAGAAAGUGUCACAAAACUUCUUGAGCUGGGUGUCCAGGCCUGUGGAAACAUUACUGAGAUCACGAUAUGUAAAGAUAAACCCCUCUUCCAAUUAGGCAUAAGGUUCCCACAUCAUCUGGAGAAGGUAGAAUCGGUCAUUAGCAGGUUGAAUCUGUACAAGCCAGAAAUCAAGUACGCUGGCUUCUACCAAAGGAUUUGUGAAAAAUGUGCUCAGCUUCAGGAACUGAGAUGGUCUCACGUUGAGCUCCAAAAUGAUGAAGCAGAAAUGCUAAUCAGGAUUUUUCUGCCUCUUCCAGAGCUGAAGAAAUUUGUGCUGACCUCGAGCAGUAUUUUGCCAGCUGGGCUCGGUUACUUGUUCACGGGCUUGCAGACUUGCUGGGUGCUGGAAGAGCUCAACCUGGGCUACAUGAAACUCAGCAGUGCUGCCAUUCCUCAGCUGGUCCUGGGACUUCGUGAAAUGCCGUUUCUGAAAAGGCUUGUCUUGAACCAUAACAGUAUUGGUAAUGAUGGGUGCUCCAAACUUGCAGAAGCCUUGAGGAACAUGCACUACAUAGAGGAAAUCAAUUUAAGUCACAACAAGAUUGGAGAUCCAGGCCUGAUAAAUCUAGCUGCUGUCCUGCUGGAAAUGCAAAACCUGAAGAGAAUUGACCUUUCAGGGAACAGUCCUAGUCCUGCUGGAGGGGAAAAGCUGAUGGAAGCUCUUGCCUAUUGCAAGCACAUCGAGGAGUUAUUACUGUCAAGGAAUGUUUUUGGAGACAAGACAGCAGUGAAACUUGCCCUCUGUCUGCCUCACAUGACCAACCUGAAGGUCCUGCACUUGCAGGACACUAACACUGGGCCAGCGGGAGGCAUGGAGCUGGCCAGAGCAAUGGUGGCAUGUGAGCUGCUGGAAGAGAUAAGUUUAUCAGAAAAUGACCUUGGGGAAGGAGCCAUCCACACCCUGUCCAAGGGGCUGCCACGCUUCAAACAGCUCCGGAAGAUUGACUUGAAACUCUGUGGAAUCUCUGAUGAUGCUUCAAAAUCACUUUCUCACAGCUUUCAACAGUGCCCUUCCGUGGAGGAGAUAAUACUGUCCUGGAAUGCCCUUGGAGAUGGAGGAGCCCAAGAGUUGGCCAGUGCUCUCCCAGGGAUGGAAAAGCUGAAGACGCUGGAUCUGGAGAAAAAUUGCAUUGGUGCCUGUGGGGCCACAAAGCUGGCAGAGGAACUUGCCAAGUGCCCAGAAAUUCAGUUCAUAAGGCUGUGGGACAAUCCAGUGCCCAAGAGCUUUGCUGAGAAUUUGGCAAGCCAAGAUCCAAGACUGUGUUUCUCCUUCUACUAG